AUGUGCGGAGAGCUGAUUCCGAGAGCUCUGAGCCCUCUCCUUCCACCGGCUCCAUUUGUUGAACCCGCAGUCUUGCAGCUUCGUGACGAUGACUCUGUUCCACAGCAUGUCACCCAGGACGACUUUACCGUCGUCAAUUCCUCCGAUGAUGACGUUAACUCGUAUGAUGGGUCUGAUGAAGCCGUCCGUGAAGCCUUCGAUGACGACUGCGAUGAAGACUCCAGAUCUGCCCAGUUUGUGGACAACGGUUCGGUCUCCUCGUCUGUUUUUGAUGAGCACUCUCCUUCCGGGAUCGCCCUUCAGCCUCUGCGCAGGGAAAGAUGUCGCAAAUUUGAUGGCAGCAUCGACGACGAUGCCAACAAAGAAGUUAUCUCGCCCGCCACCCACGACACCGCCCCCAAUGAUGUUGGCAAUAACGGCUCUACAUCUUCAGCCUGCAGCAAUGACGUUCUUUCCGAAGCUCAGAAGUUUGACUAUGCCCUUUGUCAAAUUACCGAUCAUAUUCUCCGUGACAAAAAAACUGUCGAAGUUUGA